AUGGCAGCUACUCAGGUCGCUCGCAACUCGAGCUUCAACGGCUUUGACGACAUUGUCAAGAUGCCUUCCUCACCCACCCUUCAGCCACGCCCGCGUACCAUCUCCAACGCCGCUUCCAUCUCAUCCACCCCUGUCGCUGCCUCCAACAUGCGCAAGGUCGGUCUCGACGAGAAUCAGCCCCCGCCUCCUCCCGGCUCUUCUCCCGAGACUUUCUUCCGCUACUACCUCGCUGUCGAGCUUCGCAAGGCUGGCACUCAGCCUAGCGAAGCUCUCCUCGAUCGCUACGUCCGCAACCACUUUGACAGCCUCUUCAAGAACAAGAAUGGCACCACCGCCGCUUCUGCUGCUCCAGCAGCUCCGGCUUCAUCGUCGUCUGCCACUUCUGCGAGCGCAACCACCUCGCAGCCUCAACAGCAGCACCAGCCCCACGCUUCCACCUCGCAGGUCACCGUUGCCGCCUUGACGCGCCCUCCUCCUCCUCAACCCAAGGCAACUGCUCCUGCGACUGCGCCCGUCGCCUCUGCCACGCUCCAGACGGCCAGCCCUCCUGAGCUCGACACUGCCGAGUCGCCUGCUCUCUCUGGCCGCAGCUUCUCUCCCGUAGCCACUCCCCCCGCACUCAACAGCAUCGCCGAGCAUGAUGCGCUCGUCGAUUUCUCCACCGUCUUUGGCGAGCCCAGCUCCUCGCUUCUCGACGACCCAACGCAGUCCUUGAACUCGCAGCCCAUCAAGUUUGAGGACGAUGAUCCCGACCACUUGCUCAGCUUCUUCCGCAACUCGCCUUUUCGCACCACCGAAUUUGAGUCGGCCACCACCAUCGAUCCUCACGUGGUACAGAACGGCGGCGCCGCCAACGAUGCCUCCGCCUUUUCGAUGCCCCUCGCCUCCAUCAGCCCUUCCGACUUGUCCAAGCCCAACGCCGUGGCGCCUCAAGCUCAGCCCAUGACCCUGACGCCGUCGAACCUCUCGCUCAAGCAAGACGACGCCGCCGCUCCCAUGUCCGAGGAUGGCAUGUCGGAAGAUGACGACGAUGACGCAGACGACGAUCGCCACGCCCACAGAUCGGGAUCGAAGCCUCUCAACACCAUCCCCAUGGCAGUUGGCGAUAUCAACUACCUCAAGCCCGACCCGGAAGAGUACAAGAAGCUCAGCAGCAAGGAGAAGCGUCAGCUUCGCAACAAGAUCUCGGCCCGCAACUUCCGUACCCGCAGAAAGGAGUACAUUGGCCAGCUCGAGGACCAGAUUGCCGAUCGCGACGCGCUCAUCGAGGGCCUUCGUCAGCAGAUCUCGCAGCUUUCUGUCGAGAACAAGACGCUCAAGGACGAGGUCAAGACCAUCAAGGCUAGGACCAUCUCGAGCCAGGAUGUUGGCAAGAUCCUCGAAGCGCUGCAAAGCAUGACCGCGACCGGCGGUGUUGCUGCGGCUGGUGCCCCUGCCGCCUUUGGCUCAUCGGGUCUCACGUCGGGCCGUGCCAGCCCCACUCAAGAUUCGAUGCCUCUGACGCCCGGCGCCUUCCUCAACUUUGGCAGCGGUGACGCUUGCUCCUCUUCCAGACCCGCAACUCCCACGUUGGCCGUUCCGGGCUCGCCCAGGUCGCAGAGCCCACGACCCUCGUUGCUGCGAGCCAACACCAAGAAGGAUGUCGCGCCGCUCAGCAGCUUCUGGGGUGGUGUUGGAAGCGGUGUCGGCGCCGGCAGCAGUUUCAUGCCCGUCUGCUGA